AUGGGAUUUUGGAUUUCUGGUUUUUUGGAUUUUCUUGAAUGGGAGUGUGCCAAAAGUUCAUGCGGGAAAUCGUGCCCGUUUACUAGAAGUGAUGCAAUUGAAGAUCUCUGUGAUGGACUGCUCGCAAACAAACUCUCUGGCAUUGCAGAUUUGGCCGAUAAUGGCAAAAAAAUCUCUGGCUGCCCAUAUUUUGGUACACGAAAAGCAGUGCCUUACAGCCAAUUGAUAAUGUGCCCAUAUCAGGUUUUGUUGCAAGAAGAUGCACGCAAAGCAUGGGGACUGGACCUCAGAGACAAUGUUGUUGUAAUUGAUGAAGCGCAUAAUUUGCUGGAAAUAAUCACGAACUCCCAUUCGGCAACAUUGUCUGUGAAUGCUUUACAGAAUAUACGAAGAGUAUUAAAAUUAUUUGAUUUGCUCGAGUACAUUGAACAAUCACAUCUGAUCGCGAAAUUAACCAAAUUUUCGAAACGCCUGGAAAAAGAAAAUCAAAAUCCGAAGGAUGAACCAGUGCGGUAUGUCUCCGGUGUUGAACGCCUGAUGGGCGUGCGUGACGUCGUUGCCAGUGAAGACCCAAAAACGAACAAAUCACCAGCUCGAACAGAACGUGAAGAGAGUACGGCAGCAUUCGCAUUUCAUUCACUGAAACGUUUUCUAGAUUUACUUACUUUGAGAUAUGUUGAUAGCCGAAUCAUCAUUGAAUGUUCUUCGGAGAAAAUCAAUGCAAGGUACCACUACCUGUUUUCACUGAUAUUUAAAUAACA